GGCUCCGGGAAUCGGCGGCGCCACCGCCAGGAGACAUCCUGACCGGCGACGCCCAGCCCGGCCUGCGCGGUCCGUCCCUUCCCGGGACCGCUGCUGGGCGCCAAGGCUCCGGGGGGGAGCGGGGAGCCUCGUUCCCUACGGCGGCGCGGCGAGGCGAGCCUCCCGCGGGGCGGGUGCCGUGGGUCGCGCGAACGCGCCCGAGCUCGGCGGGCGGUAGGUGGAGAAGAGCGCCGGGAGAAGGCGGCGGGCGGGCGGCGUGGGGCCGUGGCUGGCCUCCCGCCUAAAGAUCGCUCGCGCGUGCUGUGGGCGCGCUGCGCGCCUCGCCCAACAUGUCCGCCACGGGGAGGGGAGCGCGGCGGGGCGGGGGCUGCGCUGGCGGAGCGAUCUCGGCAGGAGGAGGGCGCGGCGGGACGCUGCCGUGGCGGGCCGUUCUGGCCGCCUCCCUGCUGUUUCGGCGGCGGUCCCUCGCCUACCAUCCGAAUCGAUCGGAGGCGUUCAGGCGGAACGCCUUCGUCUCCUCGAAAAUGCGCUCGCUUUGGAGAGGGAGGCUUCGAUUCGACGUUUCUGUGGCGUACGGUCGCUUGUGCAAGGCAGCACGUCAAAAAUGAGCAAAGAUGGAGCGGGCGCUGUGCGGCGGAUGGGAGAUGGCGAAAGCGGCGGUCGGGGCGCGGCCGCAGCUGUCUUGGAUAAUGAAAGGUUAACAGCAGAGGAAAUGGAUGAAAGACGACGCCAGAACGUAGCCUAUGAAUACCUUUGUCACCUGGAGGAAGCAAAGAGGUGGAUGGAGGCCUGUCUGAAUGAGGAGCUUCCUCCCACAACAGAACUGGAAGAAGGAUUGAGAAAUGGUGUCUACUUGGCCAAACUUGGAAACUUUUUCUCCCCCAAAGUGGUUUCUGUGAAGAAAAUCUAUGAUAGGGAGCAGACUAGAUAUAAGGCAACUGGUCUGCACUUCCGACACACUGAUAAUGUAAUUCAGUGGCUAAAUGCCAUGGCUGAGAUUGGCCUUCCUAAGAUAUUCUACCCAGAAACUACAGACAUCUAUGAUCGCAAGAACAUGCCGCGUUGUAUCUAUUGCAUUCAUGCACUCAGCCUGUACCUGUUCAAAUUGGGUCUUGCCCCCCAAAUUCAGGAUUUAUAUGGGAAGGUGGACUUCACAGAGGAAGAAAUCAGUAAUAUGAGACUUGAACUGGAGAAGUAUGGCAUUCAGAUGCCUGCCUUCAGCAAGAUUGGAGGAAUUCUAGCAAAUGAGCUCUCUGUGGAUGAAGCAGCAUUACACGCUGCUGUCAUUGCCAUUAAUGAGGCAAUUGACCACCAGGUUCCAGCUGACACUCUUGUGGCAAUGAAGAACCCUAAUGCCAUGCUAAUCAAUCUUGAUGAUCACUUGGAAUCUACUUACCAAGACACUCUCUACAGAGCGAAAAAAGACAAGAUGGAGAAUGCUAAAAACAGGAUUUCCUCAGAAAACUUGGAGAGAGAGAGAGAUGUAUAUGAAGAACUUCUGACUCAAGCUGAGAUUCAGGGAAACAUCAAUAAAGUGAACACGUGUGCAGCCAUAUCCAAGAUUGACCUAGCUUUGGAACAAGGAGAUGCAUUAGCUCUGUAUGAAGCUUUGGCAACACCAGCCCUGGGACUCCGAGGAUUGCUACGAGAAAAUUGUGAUUGGUAUUUCAAGCAGUUUUUGAGUGAUAGACAGCAGAAACAGGAGGCUGGCAUUGCAGGUCUUCUACAGAAGGAGGAUUUACAGUUGGGAGUGGAUGCUGCUAACAGAGCAGCACAACAAUAUCAGCAAAGGCUGGCAGCAGUGACCAGAAUUAAUGCUGCAAUUAGAAUGGGUGAUGCUGAGAAGACUGUGGCAGAAAUGAUGAAUCCAGAGGCCCAGCUACCAGAGGUUUAUGCAUUUGCUGCCGAUCUUUAUCAAAAGGAGCUGGCCACCUUGCAGCAGCAAAGCCAUGAUGGUAACCUCACUCAUGCAGAAUUAUCUGUUGCUGUAGAGAUGCUCUCUUCUGUGGCUGUGAUUAAUAGGGCUUUAGAUUCGGGGGAUGUGAGUACAGUAUGGAGACAACUGAGCAAUCCUGUCACAGGGCUGACAAACGUUGAGGAUGAGAACUCUCAGAGAUAUAUUGAUGAUCUGAUGAAGCUGAAAGCUCAAAUGCAUGCAGAAGAAAACGAAUUUAUCACGUGGAAUGAUAUCCAGUCAUGUGUGGAUCGUGUGAACUUAGCUGUGCAUGAAGAACAUGAAAGGAUUUUGGCAAUUGGGCUUAUCAAUGAAGCACUGGAUGAAGGAGACACCAAAAAAACUCUGCAAGCCUUACAGAUUCCUGCAGCAAAACUGGAGGGUGUAACCCCAAAGGUAGCUCAGCAUUAUCAGGACACACUACUUCGGGCUAAGAGAGAGAAAGCACAGGACACUCAGGAUGAAACAGCUGUGCUUUGGCUCGAUGAAAUUCAGGAUGGGAUUCAGAGGGCUAACAAGGACACUGAAGAGUCACAGAGAUUUUCCUUAGGAAUUCUGGCCAUUAAUGAAGCAGUAGAUCACGGAGAUACCAGCCAUACCCUGAGUGCCUUGCGCUCACCAGAUGUGGGGCUGUAUGGAGUCACUCCAGAAUGUGCAGAGACGUACCAACGAGAGUUGGCAGAAGUCAAAAGGAGAAAAAUGGCAACAGGAGGCAAUGGCAGUGAAUGGGUGAAACACUGGGUGAGAGGAGGCUAUCAUUAUUAUCAUAACCUGAGGACCAAAGAGGGAGGAUGGGAUGAACCGGCUGAAUUUGUGCAAAAUGACACACAGCUGUCACGGGAGGAGAUACAGAGCACUAUAUCUGGAGUCACGGCAGCAUACAACCGAGAGCAGUUGUGGCUGGCCAAUGAGAACCUGAUUGUGAAGCUUCAGGCUUGUUGUCGAGGCUAUCUUGUUCGUCAGGAAUUCAACUCCAGAAUGAGUUUUUUGAAGAAACAAGUUCCAGCCAUUACUUGCAUCCAGUCCCAGUGGCGUGGCUAUAAACAGAGGAAGGCAUAUCAAAUCCGUUUGGAUUACUUACGAGCACACAAGGACCAAGUAGUGAAGAUUCAGUCAAUGACCAGAAUGUAUCAAGCCAGAAGGCGUUACAGAGAUCGCCUGCAAUAUUUCAGAGACCACAUAAAUGAUGUUAUAAAAAUUCAAGCUUUUAUCCGAGCAAACAAAGCACGAGAAGACUACAAAACCCUCAUUAAUGCUGAAAACCCACCUAUGGCUGUGGUUCGGAAAUUUGUUCACUUGCUCGAUCAGAGUGACCAAGAUUUUCAGGAGGAGCUUGAGCUAAUGAAACUGCGUGAGGAAGUUGUAACCUUGAUCCGAUCUAAUCAACAGCUUGAAAAUGACCUCAAUCUCAUGGACAUCAAGAUUGGACUGCUAGUGAAAAACAAAAUUACACUGCAGGAUGUCGUUUCUCAUAGCAAAAAGCUUACCAAGAAGAACAAGGAACAACUCUCUGACAUGAUGAUGCUGAACAAGCAAAAGGGAGGUUUGAAAGCUUUGAGCAAAGAGAAGAGAGAAAAGCUGGAAGCCUAUCAGCAUCUUUUCUACUUACUUCAGACUAACCCAACAUACUUGGCCAAGCUGAUUUUUCAGAUGCCUCAAAACAAAUCCACAAAGUUCAUGGAUUCAGUCAUCUUCACGCUGUAUAACUAUGCGUCCAAUCAGAGAGAGGAAUAUCUGUUGUUGCGGCUUUUCCAAACAGCAUUGCAGGAAGAGAUCAAAUCAAAAGUAGACCAAAUCCAUGAAAUUGUGACUGGGAAUCCUACUGUCAUUAAAAUGGUUGUAAGUUUCAACCGUGGUGCCCGUGGUCAGAACGCACUGAGGCAGAUCUUGGCACCAGUUGUGAAGGAAAUAAUUGACGACAAAUCACUCAACAUCAAAACUGAUCCAGUGGAUAUUUACAAGUCCUGGGUUAACCAGAUGGAAUCUCAGACUGGUGAGGCCAGCAAAUUGCCAUACGAUGUUACACCUGAACAAGCUCUUAAUCAUGAUGAGGUGAGGACACGCCUGGAUGCCUCAAUCAGAAAUAUGAAGACAGUGACAGACAAGUUCUUGACUGCUAUCAUUGGUUCAGUUGACAAAAUCCCUUAUGGAAUGCGUUUCAUCGCCAAGGUACUGAAAGACUCCCUGCAUGACAAGUUUCCUGAUGCUGGCGAGGAUGAGCUUCUGAAGAUUGUUGGCAACUUACUCUAUUAUCGCUACAUGAAUCCAGCCAUUGUUGCACCGGAUGCAUUUGACAUAAUUGAUCUUUCAGCUGGAGGGCAGCUGACCACAGAUCAACGAAGAAACCUUGGUUCUAUUGCAAAGAUGCUGCAGCAUGCUGCAUCCAAUAAGAUGUUCAUGGGAGACAAUGCACAUCUAAGCAUCAUUAAUGAAUACUUGUCACAGUCAUACCAGAAAUUCAGACGCUUUUUUCAGGUUGCUUGUGAGGUUCCUGAAUUGCAGGAUAAAUUCAAUAUUGAUGAAUAUUCUGACUUGGUGACUCUCACUAAGCCAGUUAUUUAUAUUUCUAUUGGUGAAAUCAUCAAUACACACACUCUGCUCUUAGACCAUCAAGAUGCAAUUGCGCCUGAGCAUAAUGAUCCAAUUCAUGAAUUGCUGGAUGAUCUUGGAGAAGUUCCUUCAAUUGAGUCCUUAAUAGGCGAAGGGUCUGGCAACAUUAAUGACCCGAACAGGGAGAUGCUAGCAAAGACAGAGGUUUCUCUCACACUCACUAAUAAGUUUGAUGUUCCUGGUGAUGAAAAUGCAGAGAUGGAUGCUAGGACAAUUCUGCUGAACACAAAACGUUUAAUUGUUGAUGUAAUCCGCUUCCAACCUGGGGAGACGCUGACUGAAAUCUUGGACACUUCAGCUACUUCAGAGCAAGAAGCAGAGCAUCAAAGAGCUAUGCAGAAACGGGCCAUUCGUGAUGCUAAAACUCCUGAUAAGAUGAAAAAAUCUGUGUCUGUAAAGGAAGAUGGCAACUUAAAUCUUCAGGGUAAAAAAGAGAAAAUCAAGACAGGCCUGAAGAAGCUGACAGAACUAGGCAUAGUCAAUGCAAAAAAUAAAUACCAGGAACUAAUCAAUGAUAUUGCAAAGGAUAUCCGAAAUCAGCGUAGAUACCGUCAGAGAAGAAAGGCAGAGCUGGUGAAGCUGCAGCAGACGUACAGUGCCUUGAACUCCAAGGCUACCUUUUAUGGGGAACAAGUUGAUUACUACAAAAGCUACAUCAAAACCUGCUUGGAUAACCUGGCUAGCAAGGGCAAAGUCUCUAAGAAGCCUCGAGAGAUGAAAGGCAAAAAUAGUAAAAAGAUUUCUCUAAAAUACACUGCAGCUCGACUUCAUGAGAAGGGAGUGCUUUUAGAGAUUGAGGAUUUGCAAGUUAACCAAUUUAAAAAUGUAAUAUUUGAAAUCAGUCCAACAGAAGAAGUAGGAGAUUUUGAGGUAAAAGCAAAAUUCAUGGGGGUACAGAUGGAAACCUUUAUGCUACAUUAUCAGGAUCUUUUGCAGCUGCAGUAUGAAGGUGUUGCAGUUAUGAAGUUAUUUGACAGAGCAAAAGUAAACGUUAAUCUUCUGAUCUUUCUUCUGAACAAGAAGUUUUAUGGGAAGUAACUGACCUUUGCUGGCAAGUCUGUGAAGGGGAGAUAAAUAGAAGCCUUGCAUAUAUGACUUCUAGUGACUUUGCUAUGCAUCAGUAUAUGCCUGUGCCUUGCUGAAAUAUAUCAAAUCUGUUACAAUUAAGGCCAAAGAACUUCUUGUGAAUUGAUAGUGCUGACUGACACUGCAGGGAGUUGCUUUCUUGUUCUUUUAUGAUGUUUAUGUUCAACUUGAUGCUGUAAUAAUUUACACGUGGCCUCUUGCAUAGAGGAACUAUAGUAUCCAUUUAUUAACACUUAAGGAUGGGGAGUGAAACAGAAAAAUUCUUGGCAAGUUAGCUUUUAGUGUUGCUUGCAAAGGUUUUGAAGAGUAAAACUAACUUCUUUUCCCCCCAGUUUUAGAUCAACGUUCCAUAUAUCUUUACCAGAUUCAAUAAAUGUUAGGCUCUACUUGCAGACUUAUCAAAAGACGACAAUUAUCUUAAAUAGGUUGGCUUUUUAAAAGUGUAAUUUUUCUAGCUCUGUCAAACUCCUCAUUUCAUUUCACAUAUAGUGGAUUUUUCACCAUGGUGAUUGUGCUAGCUGUUCCGCUAUAUCCAGUAAAAAUGGAGAGACUGUUGAAUAAAUCCCACCAAAAAUUGUUUGCCCUGCCCCCUCCUUUUUUUCUUUAUUUUUUUUUAAGAAGCAUCUCUAAUUACAAAUUUCAUGUCAUUUUUGCGGGGGAUUUUUUUUGUUUAGAUUACUGUGUUGUAGGACUGCCUUAUCUCUGAACUAAUACACAGUAUUAGUUCAUUGGCAUAGAUUUGUGCUAAUGAAAGCCACUCGUAUUUGAAUUGGGUACAUCCUUGAGGAUAAUUUUCCGUAGUCCUUCCAUAAGUAUCUGCAUGAAAUGCAUGUUACUGGCAUGCACCAACGUUAAAACAUCAUCUUAUAUUUUUUAUUUUUAUAUUUUAUAAUAAGAUAUUUUAAUGUUGGUGUAUGCCAAUAAAAUAACAUUUUAAUGUUAGUCCAGCACAAUACAUCAACAAAAAUUCCUUUUCAUAACAUAACUAUACCAAAAAAGAUAUUUGCAGUGUAGGUCAUUUGAAAGAGAGUGACCUCAGAACUAGAUUUUCACUUCAGAAGUGAUGUGAAAUGAGUUAAAGAUCUUGCCUUGACUUUUAAUUUUAUCUAGCUGCAUGUGAGUUUGCUGUAUCAUAGAGGGACUUGAGAAUUGUAUUACUUUGAUUUGGGGGUGAUGAGAAAAAUGGUAGAAAAUUCUUAAAUAUUGUUAAGAAAAUGCAACUGUACUCUGCAAGCUCUUGAGCUACAGAGAUUAAUCCCCUCUCUCCCUUCUAAUUUUUUUUUAAUUGAAAGCUUUUAAUAUUUUUCAGUGUCUGGCAGUCUUUAAACUACAACCCAGCUGGGUUAAGAAAAAGGCAGUGAGGUAUUAGCGGUGAUUGUACACUGAUCAAGGAAAACAUCCUUACCAGGUGAUUUACAGUACCUGUCUUACUACCUACGCAUAAUGACAAAAAAAUUUUUUGACAAAAAUUGAAAACAAACGAAAAACAAGAGAAUUAUCUGAAGGAGGAGUUUGUUCAGAGACAGAGCAUUUUUAUUUUUUUUAGGGAAAAACUGUUAAUAAAGACACAGUCUCAGCAGUGAGUUUAUAUGUAUUUUAUAAUUUAUUGGUGACUUAGCUUUACUUAUUUCCUGUACACCACUGUAUUUACAAUUGGAGCAGCUACAAGUAGAAGGGUAUGUCUUUCCUUGCUAGUAAAGUUUGCCUCUGUAACUCACAUAUAAGUAAAAAGUCACUUGUGUCCACGGA